CGUGCCGGCCUUCAUGAUCUCCAUCAUCCUGAGCACGGUCCCUCUCGUCACGAUUCAGAAGAUUCCCGACGACAGCGAUUACUAUUACGACAUCGAUUAUAACAUCGUCAAGGAACUGGACAACGUCUACGGUGACCUGUCUGGGGACGUCAACACCGCCUUCCAGAUGAUGAUCAAGACGGAGACGUGGAUCAGAGACAUCGAUAUGCGGUUUAGAUUAGGUCAGCCUUUCAACCAUAUUGAGGCCGACGGGUCAGAUUCUCAGAACACUUUCUGGUUCGUCGAGCCUCGUGUUCUGCUGCUGGACAAGUAUCGUGGAGAAGAUCACCAUCGUAUUAUCUACCAGUUCGGUCUUGAUGGGUAUAAUGUGACGAUGGUGGAUUUAUCAAGAAACAUUACAGCCAAGCGGUUUUUCAACAGAACGCAGCCAGGGUCCUCCGAAGAUUAUAUGGAUGAAGCGACAGAAAACGGGAUGAGCAAUUUGGAGGAAGAGAGUGGUGUGUCUCUAAAUGAAGGAGUGAUGGUGACCGACGGAGAGAGCUUUAAUUUUGAAACUCAGGCGCUCUCUAGCGACAGGAAGGAAAUUGUUUUAGAAGUAGGGAACGCCACGGACGAAGGUGGAUCAUGGCAGGAUGGGUGGGAAAAUGGUAAAGAAAACGGGACUUUGGCAGAAAACGGGAGGGGAAAUCUAGAAAACGAGGGUGCUACAGGAAGCGGGGAGACUCAUAAAGAAAGAGAAAGUGUCUUGCAAGAAAAUAGGGAUAGUAUAAACUCGACAGCAGGAGAACAGGAAGGGAAUAAAAAUAAUAAUGGCAUGACAAAUAGCGAUGGUAUCGAUAAAUUCCCUCUUGUGCCGGAGUCAAACUUUGAAGUUUUUGAAAAUGCGACGAUUCUUGAAGGAGAACGCGCAAAUAACACCGACCUAUUCACCGAUCAAAAUUCCAAUAACCGAACAAUAGAUAACACAGAUAACGAUGAAAAAUGAAAUGAGACGGAGCGCGGUGGUAAUAGAGAGAUAAGAUUCCCGGAGAAUUUCGAAUCGCAUACAAAUAUCCCACCAGAAAACUAGAUGAAAUAUGAGUGAGGGGAAUGAUCAGCCCUAUAGUUCAGAGACAUGCAACCCUGAACUGACUGGCGGAUGAACAGAUUAAACUGACAGUUCGAUUACAGAAACUGACGACUCAUCCGGAAGCACUCGAGGCCUUGUUGCAGUGAACGAUGGAUACAACGAUGAAAAGGUUUGUAUUGACAGUGAUAUAGAGGUGAAUGAAAAAAACAAUAUGGAAUAAUUCCGUUUUUUUUUUUCGUCAGCCGCGCAAAAACCUGUGAUGUAAAUAUAGACUAUCUGAAAAAAAAAAUCAUGUCAGCGUGAAUUGAGAGGCUUGUUAUUUCUACAGAAGGAAU